AUGUCUCGUCAUUUAGGUCAUAAACGUUUACAACACCAGUGUCUCCUUGAUGUGCUCAUCAAUCGCGUCAACGGAGGUCAAGGGUUAGACCGCCUUGAGAUUAUUCAAACCUCAGGUAUCUUCGCCCGUGACGUGCAGUUGAUGCGAGAGGUGGUGGCUGAUGUGAGCUGGGAUGAAUAUGCAAGUUCCGGCGAAAACUCCGACCUCGACUCGGAUGUCUAUGACGUGGAAGAAGAAGAAUAUUACGAUGACGAUGAUGAUAUUUACACUAUACCCAUUGCCCAACCACCUGGUCCUUGUGAUUAUAGCUUUGUGGAGUUUACCUACUGCAUCUCCGAACUAAUGGUUACCGCAGACAUCGACACUCCCGCCCUGAUCUCGACAGCUCAAACAGAGAUCGACAAUGAACUUCUGGCGCUUCAAGAGAGAAUGCGAGCUCUUCGGACGCGCCGAAAUAGUCUGUCUCCCAUAUCCUCCAUCCCUCCAGAGAUCCUUGGCGACAUUUUUGUCCAUCAUGCCCAGCAGACACAGCUACUCUAUGUUCCUGAUAACCCUGCAGUUCUGUCAUGGCUUAAUGUUGGUCAUAUUUGUCGCCACUGGCGCGAGGUUGCUCUCGGGACACCGGAUUUAUGGGCUACUCCAUUUCUCAAUUCCUCUCAGGGCACGGAAGAAAUGCUCAUGAGGUCAAAAAUGGCUCCCUUGAACUUGAGAACCGGCCAACGAUAUCGUAUGGACUGCGUCCAAAAGGCGUUGAUGCACAUAGAGCGUUUGCAGGAGGUCUCUCUCCCCUUCUUGAAUGGUGGCGUGACAUACCGCUGUAUUAUGGAAUUCCUUAACAAGUUAUCAUCUUGUUCCGCUCCUCAACUACAAUCGCUUUCUUUGCAAGAAGAAUUUGAACGAACACUACGGAUAGCAAUCCCGACUUCUUUCCUCGCGCCCAACCUUCGCAACCUCCAAAUCAAGUGCUGUGACUUAUCAUGGGCAUCUUCCGUUCUCACAGGACUCACUGUCCUUGAUAUCAAAAGAUUAUCACCGGAGUGUCUUCCAACUUUAGACGAGUUGAUAUCUGCGCUCCGUCGUAUGCCUGCUCUGCAUACUCUAGAAUUAGAAGAUGCUCUCCCGACUCUUCCCCUCCAAACGACAUCACUCCCUCGCGCACCUCGCGCCAUGAAUGUUCGACUUCCCCACUUAAAGCGAUUACGUUUGGUUGCGAAAGUAUUGGAAAUGGCCAACGCGCUAGCUCGCAUCGAGUUGCCUGAAUCGACAAUAUUGGACGUUCAUCUCGGAUGCAGAGUAUCUUCAUCUGGGAGCGCGAAUCAAGAAUGGAAUUUAAGCCUCCCCGUCAUCUCUCGUGCUUUGAAAAGUUGCUUCAAAGAUACUCCAGCUAAGUCUCAACAAGUCCUGCGUUCCAUGCGGCUUUUUGCCGUCGGUCGCAUUCAUGUGCAAUAUAGCACGAUCCGGAACCCUGCUUCGUGGGCGGGGUCAAUGACUGAUACUCGUCUGGAUUCGGAGUGGGCGGCAGAACGCCCUGUCGUUCUUGACUUCGACUUUCCCGAUGAAAUGAGUACGGCAAUCCUUAGCGACUUGUGGCAGCUUGUCCCUCUUGGGAAUCUCGAGGCCUUGUGCAUCGAAGGUUUCUUUGUUUGUUGGGAUGGUUUCUGGAAUGAUCUUCUUGGCCGCGGCGCCGCUCGUAAUCUUACCUACAUCAACUUGCGAGGACCACCCCAGGCUCUCAGAGAUCUUCUCAAAUCUUUGCGUUCACGGAAGCACAGCGUAUCGCCGUACAUAGGCGGGCGUUCACAACAGGGACCCAUUUUUUCUCCAGCACUCUCCCAUCUUGUCCUUGACAACCAGGAGUUCGACCCUUCGGAGUCUCUUGACCUCCUUGACGUGCUCAUCGAUCGUGUUAACGAAGGUCGGGGGCUAGACCACCUUGCGAUCACUGCAUGUACGGGUAUCAGUGCCCGUGACGUGCAGUGGUUGCGAGAAGUGGUUGUUGACGUUGUCUGGGAUGAAUACGAACGUUACGAAAAUUACGACUUCGAAUAUGACUAUGACUCGUUGGAAAAUGAUGAUGAUGAUUACAGUUUCUACGAUGAUGGAAACUUCUACGAUGAUGGAAACUACUACUGA